UUCAAGUUUACCCAGUCAUUUGCUCUUCUACUGUGAGUAGAGUAACGACCUACCGGGAGCGCGCGGUGAUGUUAAGAAAGCGAUCAAGACCUCGUUUUCCUUCUUCUGCUGAGACUACAGAGAGUGUUCAUUUGUAAGUAGGGCUGUCAGAGACACGCUUAUUCAGUGACCACCGCUAUUGCCAAAAGGACUGACUGGGAUUCACUACGCUCUGCUGGCUCUGUGUUACCGCUAUGGGCUCAGUGUGAGUGAAGAGGCAAAGACUUUGGGAUAUACAUACAUGUUUGGCAUUUGGCUUUUUGUCAGUUUCUCAAAUGCAAACGGAAAUAUGCGGCAAAGCUUCGUCUUUCUCUUAACCGGUUUGCUUGGGUUGUGUUCAUGUUCAAGUUUCCCAAGUAACAUCAACAUAGGAGGUUUGUUUCCAACCGACUCCCAUGAAUACGACGUGUUCCGUUUCGCGCUCUCUCAACACAAUGAUGUUCCUAAACUGGUACCACAAGUGGACAUGGUGGACACGGGGAGCAGCUUUGCCAUGACAUACGCCUUUUGUUCCCAGUUCUCCAAAGGAGUCUACGCCAUAAUCGGCCUGUAUGACAGGAAGACCAUGAACAUGCUCAUGUCGUUCUGCGGAGCUUUGCACGUCUGCUUCGUCACACCCAGCUUCCCCAUCGAUACCAACAACCAGUUUGUGAUCCAGCUGAGACCUGAGCUCCAGGAUGCUCUGAUCGCCCUUGUCGAGCACUACAAGUGGACUAAGUUCGUCUACAUGUACAGCUCGGACUCAGGUCUGACGGUGCUGCAGAAGAUUUUGGACACUGCCGCAGAGAAGACCUGGCAGGUGACAUCCAUAAACUUUGACACCCUGACGGAGGCGGCAUUCUUGAAAACCAUCCAAGAUCUGGAAAAUAAGAAGGAGUACAAGAUCAUUCUGGACUGUGAGCUGGAGAGACUCAAUUCCAUCUUAAACUUGAUCGCAGCGCAAAAAAAGAACUUGAAGAACUACCACUACAUACUAGCAAACCUGGGAUUUCUGGAUCUUAAUCUCACAGAAUUCAGGAAGGGAGGUGCCAAUGUGACAGGCUUCCAGCUCAUGAACUACACAAAUCCUAAUGUCAGCAGGACAAUACAGGACUGGCUGGAGUUUGACAGUAAAGACUUGAAAAGUCCCAAAAGGAGGCUCAAGUACACUGGAGCGCUCACGUAUGAUGGGGUGACUGUCAUGGCCACUGCUUUCCAGAACCUGAGAAAGCAGCGCAUUGAUAUCUCUCGCAGAGGGAAUGCAGGAGAGUGUCUGGCCAACCCUCCUGCACCCUGGGGCCAGGGCAUCGACAUUCAGAGAGCCUUACAACAGGUGCAGUUUGAAGGACUUACAGGACAUGUUCAGUUUAAUGACAAAGGACAUCGAACCAACUUCACUGUCAGCGUGAUGGAUCUUGGCCCAAAUGGACCCAAGAAAGUGGGCUACUGGAACCAACAUGAGAAAUAUGUGAACACAGCUACUUACAGCAACAUACUCAAUGAGACGUACGGACUGCAAAACAGGACCUACAUAGUCACCACCAUCCUGGAAUCUCCAUAUGUGAUGCUGAAGAAGAACCAUGAGCAGUUUGUGGGAAAUGACAAAUAUGAGGGUUAUUGCGUGGAGCUGGCUGCAGAGAUUGCCAAGCAUGUGGGCUAUUCCUACAGACUAGAACUCGUGGGGGACGGAAAGUAUGGAGCCAGAGACGCAGAGACAAUGAUGUGGAAUGGGAUGGUUGGAGAAUUAGUGUAUGGCAAAGCAGACGUAGCUGUCGCACCCCUUACCAUCACUUUGGUCAGAGAGGAGGUCAUCGAUUUCUCCAAGCCCUUCAUGAGCUUAGGUAUAUCCAUCAUGAUCAAGAAGCCCACCAAGUCCAAGCCAGGUGUCUUCUCCUUCCUGGACCCACUGGCAUACGAGAUCUGGAUGUGUAUUGUGUUUGCUUACAUUGGCGUGAGUGUGGUGCUAUUCUUGGUGAGUCGCUUCAGUCCAUACGAGUGGCAUGCAGAUGAUGAAGAGGAUGGAACGGAGCAGCAAAACCAGAACCAACCACCGUCACCAGAGGACAACCAGUCGCCAAAUCAGCACGGUCAAAAUCAAAAUCAGCGAGAGGAGAAGCAGGAGAAGCAACCUGAACACUCUAAUGAGUUUGGGAUCUUUAACAGCCUGUGGUUUUCCCUGGGAGCCUUUAUGCAGCAAGGAUGUGAUAUCUCACCAAGAUCUCUCUCCGGUCGUAUAGUUGGUGGUGUGUGGUGGUUCUUCACUCUGAUUAUCAUCUCCUCCUACACAGCCAACCUGGCUGCCUUCCUAACUGUGGAAAGGAUGGUGUCCCCCAUCGAGAGUGCCGAGGAUCUAGCUAAGCAAACAGAAAUUGCCUAUGGAACUCUGGAUGGAGGAUCCACCAAAGAGUUCUUCAGGGUAAGAGAAAAAAGAUCAAAGAUCGCAGUAUUUGAGAAGAUGUGGUCCUACAUGAAGUCCGCAGAGCCUUCUGUAUUUGUGAAGACGACAGACGAAGGUGUCGUGCGGGUGAGGAAGUCCAAAGGGAAGUAUGCUUAUCUGCUGGAGUCCACUAUGAAUGAAUACAUUGAACAGCGCAAACCAUGUGACACCAUGAAGGUGGGAGGAAACCUGGACUCAAAGGGCUAUGGAGUAGCCACACCCAAAGGAUCAGCCCUGAGAAUCCCCGUAAACCUAGCGGUGUUGAAACUCAAUGAGCAAGCCGUCUUAGACAAACUGAAAAACAAAUGGUGGUACGAUAAGGGGGAGUGUGGAAGCAAGGACUCCGCCAGAAAGGAUAAGACCAGCGCUCUGAGCCUCAGUAAUGUGGCUGGAGUUUUCUACAUUCUGAUUGGUGGGCUUGGGCUUGCCAUGCUGGUGGCCCUUGUUGAGUUCUGUUACAAAUCCAGAAUCGAGUCUCGAAGAAUGAAGCAAAUAAUUGACGCGGCCAUGCUCAGCUCCACACUGACCAGGAUGGGCAGCGGAGGUGAGAACGGUCGUGUGAUGGCCCAUGAUUUCCCCAAAGCGGCACAGACUCUGCCAUGUAUGGGCCAGGCGGCAGCCAUGGGCCUCAGCACCACUGGGAUGUAAACGGCCAUCAGCCUCUCUGAGAUCAGGGGACAUCAGGAGACCAAUGGAAAGAGUGGGAGAGGAUGUGAGAGACACUGCAGCGUACAGCUCACCUGCCACUGAAGUACUGCCAAAUAGAUUCAUGGACACACUUUGGGCUCCAAAUGAAAUUAGAUAAGGAGGGAGGAAAAUUACUUUUCUAAUAAUAAGAUGUGGUUGUUGUUUUUUGGGGGGAAUUUCUCCGGUGCAAUAAGGAGAUUAUGCGUGAGGUGUUUUUGUAUGAAGCAUCAUUUUUGAGAGUUUUUGCUCAUUUUAUUAUUUUCUUCUGCCUUAUGAUUUAUCUUUGAAACACAUCUCUGACUGUAAGAGGAACAUUUUUACCUAAAAUAUUCUUCAACCGUAGUUACACAUCAUUAUUUAUCACAUAGUUCUGGUGGAGUGUGUAAUUUCUGUGCCACUAGCAUCACUAAGAAGAAAUGCAAAAUAAUGACCUCUGUCUGCAUUGGUUAGACAAACAGAUCUCAUUCCAUUCAGGUGGGUUAGGAUGCACACUGUAUAGUGCUUACUAAAUAGUUGCAUAUUAAUCUUGGAAAGGAAAAAGUAUCUUAAAAGUGUAGUUCAUCCAAAAAUGAAAAUUCUGUCAUCAUUUACUUUACCCUUGUGUCCUUUACCUGUACCUGACUUUGUAUUUCUUCUGUGGAACAUAGAAGAAGAUAUUUUGAAAAAAUGUCUCUCCUUUUUCCCCAUUUUCCCAAUGUUUUGGUCUCCAUUAUGGACUAAAUUUGAAACAUUCUUCAAAAUGUUCCACAAAAGAAAGAAAGCCAUACAGGUUUGGAACAACAUGAGGUUGAGUGUUGACACAAUUUUCAUUUUUGAAUGAACUAUCACUUUAACAUUGAAAAAAGUAUACACUUUACCUUCAAGUCAAAAAUUAUGAAUGAAAUGAGGUCGUCCCAUGAAAAACUAGGAAGUGUGCUACAUCAGUGUGUCAGCUUCAUUGCACAGUCUACAAAUGUCUUCCUUUCCAACCGGUUUGAUUGGCAAGCCUCUCUAGGGAAGGUGAGUUCUUCCGUAUGUGCGGAGAGGCUGAUUACCAGUUCUGUCAUUGUUACUGCUCUAUCUCACAGUCUCACCCUUCACUUAUGAACGCUUUGGAUCAAUCACCGCUUCCCUAUCCAUGCUGCUCGAUAGAGUCUGGGAGUUAAAGACGUCAGAGAGAGAAAAGGGAUUGUAGACUACGCGUGCAGCUCCGCUUUUUGUGUUAUUGUUCUGCCGCUCCCCUUCUGUCUUCCUUUCCUGGUUUACGUGACAUUUUUUCUGUUGAAGUAGCUGAUGUUAUGUAUACUACAUCAUUCUCACACUGAACGGCUUAUGAGGUCAGUGACAGAAUUAACAGAUUCAAGGGCAGCAUGAGCACCCAGCAGACCGUCUACUUAGAAACCCUAAAACUUCUGUUUGUAAUAAUAUUGUCAUUGUAGUAACAGUUGAAAUAUUGUCAACAACGAUUCCAUGAACAGCAUUUCAUGGAAAUCUGCCUAAUAGCUGACACAGGGACAACAACAUGAAUUGCUCGUGCUGUGAGAUUAAUAGCCUGACUCUAACAGUCCAUUUGAGAGGAACAAAGCACGCUGGCAACAGCUUGUUUGCUUGUUGCUAUUGUCGUUUUUUUGCUCCAAUAAAAUGAACACACUUUUGGAUACAUAGACAUGAAAGAAAUUAUGUCAUUAGCAAAUGAUGAUACUCAAGCCUAUUGCAUCUUAAACUGCCACAUCAGGCCUUGUGUUUCUCUACCAGACUGGACGCACUGAUUCAAGCACAGAACUGGAUGCGAGAUGGAUGAGAUGAGCUCUCAUGGACCUGAUUAUCAUGUACUAUGAACGGGCACAGGUAAAACUGAAUGUCAAUACUCUAAGCACAAGAUCUUUGUUCAGCCAUUCAGGAGAACUUUCUCCAAGGCUCGGUGGUGAGCUUUUCUCUGUUUGUAUCCUUCCUCGAUACUUUGCCAGUGGACUUUCAGCAGUCCUUGCAUCGUCUGUCCUUUUUAUUGUCGAUUCCAUUUGUACAAAGUAGAGAGAAUCAACCUUAACGACGUGGAACAUUUGUGCUGACAAAACGGUGCUUUGUGGCCUUUGUUUUCCAUUCUAUGGGUUAUUCGGUUCGUUUAUUAUAUUUUGAAUUAUUUCUGGUCUUGUAUUUAAAGUGAAAUUAUGUAUUUUAGAUGUUUUUUGUUGGUUUCACACUUCUAGUUUUAUAUAGGGCUGUCAAUCGAUUAAACAUUUUAAUCGAAUGAAUCAUGAUAUGCUGAUUAAUCGAAUUAAUCGCAUACUGUGUGUUUCCAUGUUUGCUGAGAAAUAAAAAUAAUUUUUAAUUAAUUGUUUACAAAUACAACAUUAUUGUGGCAUGGCAACAUUAACUAGAAUAACAUUAACAAAAAGUGAUUUAUAUAUUGUCAACAAGUCAGUUUAUUGUUUCUUUCCAUAUCACUGAACAUAUGCACUCAGUCCAUAAUUCAUUUUGCAAUUUUUUUUUUUUUUUUUUGUCAAUCGCAAAACACAGAAGUUUGCUGUUACUUGAUAUUUAUCAUUGUAUUCAUUUUAUUAUUGCUUAUUUUAAUCACACUAAAUCAACUUAUUACAUUGACAGCCCUAGUUAUACAAAAAUCUCUUCUUUUUCACAUUCACCUCACAAAAUACAUUUUAAAAACAGCAGCAAGAUGUAACGGCGAGAACCAACAUGUUGAUGAGGAGUAUUCGGAAAUAAACUUUUCUUACUGAA